CCCCGCUCUAUUUAACCAUCACACUGACUGACCCCGGCAUUGCAUCGCCACCCUAGCCAAAGACACCACACAGCUCAAGGAAGCUCUUCAGACUCGAGAGGAAGGAGCCAUGGCGCUCGGCAAGCUUGCGGUGGCCGCGGUGGUGGCGUCUCUCCUCCUGCUCAGCACCAUCAAGGCUGCCGACUCUCCUGCUCCGGCUGCCGCUCCGCUCGGGCCUCCUCCCCACAACAUCGUAGACCCCUCUAAAGACUGCAGGUGGGCGUGCAACCUGCGGUGCAGCGCCAACUCGCGGCCGAACCUGUGCAGCCGGGCGUGCCUCAAGUGCUGCAGCGUGUGCCGCUGCGUGCCGGCGGGCACGGCCGGCAACAAGGAGACCUGCGGCAAGUGCUACACCGACUGGACCACGCACGGCAACAAGACCAAGUGCCCCUGACUGCCGUAUCUUCGGCCAGGCCGGCCUAAAUAUCUUAGUAGAGUAGCUGAGCUUUGCUCAUGGUUGUCGUUAGCGUUACCGGAGGCCUUGGUGAUUUCGUCUUGGUGUGGAAGGAACCGUGUUGACUAGCACUAGCUAGCUGCAGUGUUCUUGUAUAAAAAGUAUGUAUCGUUCCGUAGGUGGGCGUAUUUCUCGUGUAAUAAAGCCCAUCCGGAGGUUUAUGUGAUGAAUGCAUGGUUCUCUUGCUAGCCGUA